GUCCCCUCCACCCCCGCCGUCCGCCCGCCAUGCGCAAGCGCUUCCAUUGGCUCAAGAAGCCCAAACUGCGGGCCGACUGGUCCAAAGAGAACCUCUACAACCUCUCGCGCGCCACAGGCCAGUCGCUCGGCGGUAAGACCUUCUUCCAGCAAAAAUGGGAGGCCAAGGCCUGGUCGCGCGCCUACCACGGUGAACAGAUCCGCGAGAAGCAAUGGCAGCGCAUGUUCCGCCGCACCCUACCCGCCGUUGUUCCCAUGGACAACACCUACCUGGCCCGCACCGACGGUAGCGAGAUGGCCACCGGCCGAGGCAGCGGCGAGGAAGUCGAAGGGAAACCAAGAAAAGUCCCAAUGACGCCCUACAUGGCCAUGACCUACGGACCUAUCGAGCGCCGCCUAGACACCGCCAUCUGGCGCGCCUUGUUCGCCAGCAGCGCCAGGCAGGCCAGACAGUUUGUCGUACACGGCUGGGUCAAGGUCAAUGGAAAGAAGAUGAUCUAUCCCGGCUACCAGCUGAAUCCCGGUGACAUGUUCCAAAUCGACCCCGAGCGCGUCAUGUGGGCUACAGGUGCCCGCAAGGAUGAGCACCGCUACGUACCUCGUGAAUCCAGGGACCAGGAAGCGACUCCCGCGACGCGGCGGGCUCCCAAGGAAGAGAGCAUACCAGACGAAGACGCCGAAUCAAACACUGAGGCCGAGACAGCCCAGGCAGAGGCCAAGGCCGAAGCCGCAGAAAAGCCCACUGAGCCCAACGAUGACGAUGCGAAGAAGGUGCUGAUGUCUCUGUUGGACCGCACAAAGGCCAUCCUUGACGGGAAGGAGGAGCUUACUGCGAAGCGUAAGCAGGACCUCCGCGGCUUCCAGCAGGCUCUCAGGAAGAUGCUCUCUCGCAGCAAAAACGUCACCACCUCUGUCACCGAUGACCUCGAGGCCCGCUUGGCUGUCAUCUCCGCAAAGCUCACCAAAAAUUCUAAGAGCGCUGCUAAAGAGGAGGCUGCUGCUGACAGGUUAACCGAGCAGCAGGAGGAGCUGCUCCAGGAGGCCUUGGAGAAGCUGCGCGAGAACCCUUAUGACCCCACUAAGCCGUACCUUACUCCCUGGCGCCCCAGGCCUUAUAUGUCCGCCUUCGCCUUCAUCCCCAGGUACCUUGAGGUCAACCAGAACAUCUGCGCUGCUGUCUACCUGAGGCACCCGGUUGCCCGGCCGAACCUGGCCGAGGUCCCCACGCCUUUCAAAUACGAGACGAACCAAUUGGCCUUCAACUGGUACCUGAGGAGGCGGUAGUGGGCAUCAGUUUGUCUGGAGCUGAAAUGUUUCGUAUAUGAGGCGCUAGGUAGAACAAGGUGCUUUUCGUUUGCACCGUUGAUUGGGAAAAUGUAUAAAUGUACAGUAUUUUUUGGUCUUUUUUUCGCCGUCAAUUGGAACCCCGACAAACUUUGAG